CUGGCAGCAGCACCAACGUUUGAUGCGCCUCAUUCCCACGAGUCCGUUGAAACGCAGGCCGAAACAGAAAACGACGGUACGUACCCGAGCCAACGGAGCAACCUUCUCCCCGCAGCAAGCCUCCAAUCCAUCCUCCGGCGGCCACCCACCUCUUCUGAUCCUCGCGGCUUUUGGCAGCUGGCAGAGACUUGUAUCUUCUUCGGCUUUGGUUUCUUCGUGACGUUUUUUGCUUGUACUUAUUCUCACUCUCCUCCGUUCUUCUUUUCCUUCUCCUUCUCCUUCUCUGUGUCUCCUCGCUCUAGCCGCAGCAUGGCCACCGCCGAGCAUUGUAUCGUAUGUUUCGAGGCUCUGGAUGCCGAACUCAAUAACCGCAAAUCCCUCUCCCUUGAACAGAUCCAGUCCUCCUGGGCUGCGUACAAAGCCAGCGGCUCUACUUCCGCCGACGCUCCCUUGAAUCCGGCCCUCCGCCGUCUCGCUGCCGAUGGCGCUUCAUCUUCGUCUUCCUCGUCUUCUACGUCGCUCUCUGUAGCAGGAGGAGACUCAACGCCAGCGACGUCCACGUCCUCCCUUCCGGAUACUCCACCAACAGCAGCUCCCCUCUUCAUUACUUGGAAUACCGUCGAUCCAGACGACCAGGACGUCUCCCUCCGCGGCUGCAUCGGCACCUUUGAGUCUCAGCCUCUGACCGAAGGCAUCCACGAAUAUGCCCUCAUAUCCGCCCUGCAAGACACUCGCUUCCGCCCAAUAUCCAAGCGCGAACUGCCCUCGCUCCAGGCCGCCGUGACGCUCCUCACAGACUUUGAAGACGCAGAUGACAUGCGCGACUGGGAGGUUGGCACUCACGGUAUUCGAAUUUCAUUUUCCGAUCGCGGCCGCCGCUACGGCGCAACGUAUCUUCCUGACGUGGCACUAGAGCAAGGAUGGACCAAGGACGAGGCGCUCUUCAGCUUGGUCCGCAAGGCAGGCUGGAUGGGCAGUCGUUCCAAGUGGCAGGAUUUGGACAUCAAAGUAACACGCUACCAGGGCAAGAAAAUCAGCCUCGAUUAUCCAGAGUACAAGAAGUGGAGGGACUGGGUCGAAAGCAAGCAGUAA